AUGCAUCGCACUCUUGUGAUGUAUUGGUAUGGACUGGUCAAUACUGCGAUAGUCAAGUGGAUCUCUGUGAUGAACAUAACCCAUGUGAGCAUGGUAAAUGCCAAGGAGGACUUCCAGGCAAUCGGAUCUGUGAUUGUGGCUUGGAGUACAAAGGUGAAGGUGCAAGAAAAGAUCACGUAUUGCCAGUUUGAACCCUGUUUCAAUAAUGGAACAUGUGUGGAAAGAUUCGCCGACGGCUACUCAUGCAACUGUCUGGAAGGUUGCAACUGCGAGACAUGGGUCGAUUUGUGUGCCGGAUGGCUCUGUGAGAAUGGCGGAUCGUGCGUGGUUCAGGAACAUCACCCCGAACUUUGUGCCAAUUUCACCUGUGAGCACGGCGGCACCUGCGUAAUAGAAGAUUAUGAGGCAAAAUGCGAAUGCCUAACUGGUUAUGGAGGUGUACACUGUGAAAAAGAAUUGACGGACUGCGAAGAAUUUCCGGAUCCAUUGAAAUGCCUUAACAGCGGCACAUGCAUGGUCGUUAACCGAACUCAACACUGUGAAUGUUCUAUCGACUUUUUCGGCACUAACUGUGAAGUGUUUGGUGUGAGUGCACUGUAA